AAAACCACUCGCAUGUUUCCAAUUCUCUUAUUAUUUAACACAUCGUCCUUAUUCUUUGCCACCAACGCUCCAACCACCCUGUCUCUCUCCCUUUGGCCGUUUGUUUGUGUUUCUGCUCUCCUUCUCGUUUUUCCCCCACAGAGGACCUUAAGUUUGAGUUAGUCGGGGGAGGAAAAUGGGAUUCUUGAUCUCAGAUAAGAUUGUCUAUUAUGUUCUUGUUCUUGCCAUCUCGGUUUUGAAUUGCGUCACCGAGUUUAGAACAAACGCUCAACCUUUAGCACAGAAUGAAGUGAAAGCUCUCGAAGCAAUAUCCACAAAAUUACAGAACUUAAAUUGGAGGAUCGACGAGAAUUUUUGUCAUGAUACAAGUGUCAACAUAUCCAAUAUUGACGGUAUCGAAACUUUAAGCAAUGUCACAUGCGACUGCACUCUCGAAAAUGACACUGUUUGCAGAAUCACGAGCAUCCAGCUGAAGGAUCUUGCUCUAAGUGGAGUCCUACCAGCUGAAUUCGGAAAUCUUACUAACCUGAUACAACUUGAUCUCACUCGCAAUUAUAUCAAUGGAUCAAUUCCUCCGAGUUUUGCUCAGCUCCCUCUUGUCAAUCUGUCUCUUCUGGGAAACCGGCUAAGUGGUACAAUUCCAAAGGAAAUUGGUGACAUUACUUCACUUGAGCAACUGGUCUUGGAAGAUAAUCAACUCAGUGGACCUCUUCCGGAAAGCCUCGGAAAAUUGAGCAACUUGAAAAGACUCAUUCUUUCUGCAAACGAUUUUAACAGCACAAUACCAGAAGCAUUUGGCAACUUAAAGAACUUGGUGGAUUUUAGGAUCGAUGGGAGCAGAAUAUCAGGGAAAAUACCUGAUUUUAUUGGGAAUUGGAUGGAACUUGACAGACUUGAUAUGCAAGGCACGUCCAUGGAGGGCCCCAUCCCUCCUAACAUAUCCCGUUUGACAAACUUAACUCAACUGAGGAUAUCUGAUUUGCAAGGAUCAAGUAUUGGAUUCCCUGAUUUGCAAAAUUUGAAAAAAUUGAAAUAUUUGUGGCUUAGAAAUUGCUUAAUCACUGGUCCAAUCCCAGAUUAUAUUGGAGAGUUGACAGCUUUGAAAGAAUUAGACCUGAGCUUCAAUCGUUUAAGUGGUCCAAUUCCAGAGCAACUUGGGAACUUGGAUCUAGAUUACAUGUUUCUAACCAACAACUCAUUGAAUGGGGAAGUCCCAACUGGGAUAUUGGACAGCCAAAAUAAGUUGGAUAUAUCUUACAACAAUUUUUCAGGGUCGCCUGAUGUUAGUUGCGGAGUACAGUCACCUGUGAACUUGAUUUCCAGUCAUUCAUCUCUUGACAGCAAUUCGAGUCGUUGGUGUUUGCAGAAGGACCUUCCAUGUUCUGGAAAAGCAAGUUAUCAUUCCUUGUUUAUUAAUUGUGGAGGGCAAGAGAUGAGCUUUGAGGGGAAUGAAUAUGUAGAUGACUUAAGCAAAGAGGGCGGGUCGCACUUUAGUUCUGUUUCUCAAAAAUGGGCUUAUAGUAGUACAGGGGUUUACAUGGGUAAGUCUGAGGCUUCCUACCUUGCAACGAAUACAUUUUCCUUGAAUGUGAGUGGACCAGAAUUCUACCAAACAGCCCGAGUUUCCCCUCUAUCACUUAAGUACUAUGGUCUUUGCUUGCGGAAGGGAAGCUACAAAGUAAAGCUCUACUUUGCUGAAAUAAUGUAUUCUGAUGAUCAGAAAUCUAGCAGUUUGGGGAAGCGCAUAUUUGAUGUCUCAAUUCAAGAGAAAUUAGUUUUGGAGGAUUUUAACAUUAUGGAGGAAGCUGGGGGUGUUGGUAAAGGCAUCGAAAUGGAAUUUGAUGCUCUUGUUAAUGGUAGUACUCUGGAGAUUCAUUUAUACUGGGCAGGGAAAGGAACUACUGCCAUUCCUGACAAAGGUGUCUAUGGACCUCUAAUUUCUGCCAUUUCAGUGACACCUAACUUUGACGUUACAAGUGGCCUAUCUGCUGGAGCUAUUGUUGGAAUUGUACUCGCAUCAUGUGUGGUCUUUUUACUGAUUUUGGUAGUUCUCAGAACGAAGGGUUACCUUGGGGGCAAAGACCUUGAAGAUAAAGAACUACGUGGACUAGAUCUACAAACAGGUUUUUUUACCUUAAGACAAAUUAAAGCUGCGACCAGUAACUUUGACCCUGCAAAUAAGAUAGGUGAAGGAGGCUUUGGACCCGUUUACAAGGGUAUACUAUCAGAUGGUGCUGUCAUUGCUGUUAAGCAGCUAUCCUCCAAAUCGAAGCAAGGGAACCGUGAGUUCGUCACUGAGAUAGGCAUGAUAUCUGCAUUACAACAUCCCAAUCUAGUGAGGCUUUUCGGAUGCUGUAUCGAAGGAAACCAAUUGUUACUUGUAUAUGAAUACAUGGAAAACAAUAGUCUUGCCCGUGCUCUUUUUGGUCGUGAGGAGCAGAAGCUACACUUGAAUUGGCCUACAAGGAAUAAGAUAUGCCUAGGAAUAGCAAGGGGAUUAGCUUAUCUCCAUGAGGAAUCUAGGUUGAAAAUCGUCCACAGAGAUAUAAAAGCAACAAAUGUUCUCCUUGAUAAGGAUCUAAAUGCCAAGAUAUCUGACUUUGGUUUAGCUAAGCUUGAUGAAGAAGAGAACACGCAUAUCAGCACACGAAUUGCAGGAACAAUAGGUUAUAUGGCUCCUGAAUACGCAAUGAGGGGUUACUUGACUGACAAAGCAGAUGUCUACAGCUUUGGAGUAGUUGCUUUGGAGAUUGUUAGUGGGAAAAGCAACACAAAUUACAGGCCAAAGGAAGAGUUCGUUUAUCUUCUGGACUGGGCCUAUGUCCUACAAGAGCAAGGGAACCUUCUAGAACUUGUGGAUCCAAGUCUUGGGUCAAGCUACUCCUCUGAAGAGGCAAUGAGAAUGCUCAACUUGGCUCUCUUAUGCACCAACCCCUCUCCCACUCUCAGGCCAUUAAUGUCUUCCGUUGUAAGUAUGCUUGAAGGAAAAAUUGCUGUUCAAACGCCAAUAAUCAAGCGCAGUGAAACGAACCCAGAUGCUAGGUUUAAAGCCUUCGAGAAGUUAUCACAAGAUAGCCAAACACAUAUCUCUACAUGGUUGCAUGACAGUCAAAUGCAAAGAGGCAUGUCAAUGGAUGGGCCAUGGAUUGAUUCCUCUGUUUCUCUCCAAAGUAAAGAUGAGACCCGAGACCAUUCUUCAUCGAGCAAGCUUUUGGAGGAAAAAUAGGAUGUUCAUUUAGAGUGAUUCUUUUAUAAGGAAAAAAAACAAAGCUUCAUGAAUUUCUUUUCUUGUUUUCUUUUGAUUCCAUUGGAGCUAUGUCACGAAUUAUUUAUACUUCCAGAACAACAGUUAGAGAAUGUGCUUUUUUCGAUUAUUUACCAGAUUCCUAUACAGAGAAAAGUUGCAUGACUGACAUUUUUUUAAUGGGAUUCAGCCGGGGUUCCAACAUUCUGAUUACUGCGGAAUGGUGUCAGUUUUGCUUUAGUGUUGGAUGUAGAACUCGGCGUACAAUUAACAGUUUUACUGUAGUGUUGAAUGAUGAACUAGGCAUGCGAAUACAGAAGUGUUGGAUA